AGUAUAUGAUUGUGAGGCAAUCAUUCUAAGUGUUCAGGAUGCGUACUCACGUUGUUCUAGUAUUUUGCUUAGCCGUGGUUACUGACAGUACCACGGCUCAAAAAAUUGUCGGAGGAGAUGAAGUUGCGUCGAUCACCCAGUACCCUUUCAUAACAGCUUUACUUGGCUCGCCAACGGGUUUUUAUUUCUCCGUACAAUGCGGUGGUACUAUAAUAAAUAACAGAUCAGUUUUAACGGCUGCCCACUGUUUUACAUAUUAUCCUUUUCCUUUUCAAUGGCGUAUACGAGCUGGUUCCCUAUAUCACAAUAGGGAUGGAUUUGUGGCUUCAACUAACUUACUCAUUAUCCACCCCAACUACGACACCAUGACAUUAAAUAAUGAUAUUGCUAUUAUAAGAAUUAUUGGCGAAUUUUCAUUUAAUGACAACGUCGGCGUAGCGUCUAUGGCUAGCUACACUCCUGCCGACAAUUCACCGGUAUGGGCUGUUGGAUGGGGAUCACUUUAUUAUAAUGGUCCACCCGUUGAUCGACUUCGCCAUGUUCAAAAAUGGACGGUAAACCAAGCAACCUGCAGAGACCGUUAUGAAGAAAUUAAUGAUGUGAUCACUGAAAAUAUGCUGUGCUCCGGCUACCUCGAUGUCGGCGGUCGCGACGCAUGUCAAGGAGAUUCCGGAGGACCUCUCCUCCAUAACAAUGUUGUCGUCGGUGUAACAUCUUUUGGAGAGGACUGCGCCCACUCUUAUUUCCCUGGAGUCAAUGUCCGAAUAUCUAAUUAUAUUUCUUGGAUUCAGAACAAUCGAUAAUAAUAUGUCCACCUUUUAAUGUUUUUCCAGCUCUUUUAUUUAAUUUAGUAUUUAAAAGAAAAUAAAUAAUAUACUACAUAUUAA